UUUUUUUUUUUUGUCUUAAAUUGUACUCCAUGACAUUGCAUUUAAUUUUGAUCAGACAUUGCCGCUCAGCCGCGGGUUCUCUGGAUAUAUGGAAUUGUUGGUUUUUGUUUUGGUACAUUUAUCGAGGUGUUGUUUUAUCUAUCAUGAUUCAUGUGGUUAAUGAUAUGCAAUCCACAUGUGCCUCAAAUUGUUGUAGUAGGAUGAUAUUUUGUUGCUUUUCUUAAUUUUAUGUUUUAUUUUUAAAUAUGUUGUUUAUUGAUAUUGGAAUUUUGACCUUUUGAAAUGUUGGAUGAAUGUGAAAUCUCUCUUUAGAUAUGUCGGAGAUUUUAUCAACUUGCUUCCAGUCCUGGUUAUGCGUAGAGAUAUGUUUUGAUAUAAUAAUUUAGUUAUGAAUGAAUUGCAAUGUGUUCAUUGGAUUAUGCAUGAAUGUCUUCUGGAAAAUGCAGGCACAUGCACCUCCUCCUGGCUACUUUGUUCAACUAGAAAAUACUGAUAAUCUGUAUUUGAAGAAAAGAACAAAGAUGCGUCGGUGGCUUUGCUGUUCCUGUCAGGUAGAGGAGAAUUACCAAUCACAUGAAAGUGAGCACUUGAAGAGCCCCAAGUAUAAUACAGAUGGGCAUCAAAAAAACUCAAAGGUGGCAGCUCCUGUCAAGCCUGAAGUGCAAAAAUCGGCACCACCUAUCGAAGUGCCUGCACUAUCCUUGGAAGAAUUGAAAGAAAAGACUGACAAUUUUGGAUCAAAGGCUUUGAUUGGUGAGGGUUCCUAUGGAAGAGUUUAUCAUGCAAGCUUGAACAAUGGAAAAGCUGUGGCUGUGAAAAAGCUUGACGUUUCCUCUGAGACUGAGUCAAAUGUAGAGUUUUUAACCCAGGUUUCAAUGGUUUCAAGAUUGAAGCAUGACAAUCUUGUUGAGUUGCAAGGUUACUGUGUUGAAGGAAAUCUCCGUGUGCUUGCAUAUGAGUUUGCAACAAUGGGAUCACUACAUGACAUAUUGCAUGGAAGGAAGGGUGUUCAAGGGGCACAACCAGGUCCAGUGCUUGACUGGAUUCAGCGGGUAAGAAUUGCUGUUGAUGCGGCAAGGGGCUUGGAAUACUUGCAUGAGAAGGUUCAACGCUCUAUUAUACACAGAGAUAUCAGAUCUAGCAAUGUGCUUCUCUUUGAAGAAUUCAAAGCCAAGAUUGCAGAUUUUAACCUCUCAAACCAGGCUCCUGACAUGGCUGCUCGUCUUCAUUCUACUCGAGUUUUGGGGACUUUUGGCUAUCAUGCUCCAGAGUAUGCAAUGACUGGACAUUUGACACAGAAGAGUGAUGUUUACAGCUUUGGAGUUGUCCUUCUCGAGCUUCUGACCGGGAGGAAACCUGUUGACCACACAAUGCCUCGUGGACAGCAGAGUCUUGUUACCUGGGCUACUCCAAGACUGAGUGAAGAUAAAGUUAAACAAUGUGUAGAUCCAAAAUUGAAGGGAGAGUAUCCUCCUAAAGGAGUUGCUAAGUUGGCAGCCGUGGCAGCUUUGUGUGUUCAGUAUGAAGCCGAGUUCCGUCCAAACAUGAGCAUCGUUGUUAAGGCUCUCCAACCGCUAUUGAAGUCUGUGGCACCAACAGCAGCUCCACCAGAGACUUAAAAGCAGAUGAAUCCAUCUGGUUUCCUCGCCUUUGAUCAAACAUUUCUGCAAUCUCUGCACAGUUUGGUUUCACUUGACUGCAGAUUUCAUCAGAUCACUAAAUAUUAUAUAUAUUUUUUUCCUUCCAGUUUUUCAUAUAUGACAUGGAUGUGUAAGGUUGGAAUGUUUAAUGUGACUGAUAUGAUCCGUCUGUUACCGGUUUUCGAACCCGGCUACCAAUGUUUUUUUGAGUUGUAGUCAUAAGAUUGACAAAGGGAUUGGGUCGUGUGGUGGAUAUAAAUGUUACUGAAUAUUGUUAUUUGUU